UAACCCUAAUUUCAAACCCCCUUCCCUCCCCUAUAUAUUAAAGUCAGUGUACCUUCUCCGACUCGCGCCAAACCCAACAUCACAAAACAACCAUUACCAGUGACUGUUUGUAAAAAUGUACGUCGUAAAGAGGGACGGACGCCAAGAAGCGGUGCACUUCGACAAAAUAACCGCUCGCCUCAAGAAACUCAGUUAUGGCUUGAGCACCGUUCACUGCGAUGCCGUUCUCGUUGCUCAGAAAGUCUGCGCCGGCGUCUAUAAAGGCGUCACCACCAGUCAACUCGACGAGUUGGCAGCCGAAACAGCCGCCGCCAUGACUGCAAACCAUCCCGAUUACGCUUGUUUGGCUGCUAGGAUUGCCGUUUCGAAUCUCCACAAGAACACCAAGAAGUCGUUCUCGGAUACGAUCAAGAUCAUGUACUAUCAUAUUAACAAGAAAUCGGGGUUGAAGGCUCCUCUGGUCGCUGAUGAUGUUUAUGAGAUAAUUAUGAAGAAUGCUUCUCGUUUGGACAGCGAGAUAAUCUAUGACAGGGACUUCGACUAUGAUUAUUUUGGGUUCAAAACCCUUGAGAGGUCUUACCUCUUAAAGGUUCAAGGGAAGGUUGUGGAAAGGCCGCAACACAUGUUGAUGAGAGUCGCGGUUGGGAUUCACAAGGAUGACAUAGAAUCUGCUGUCAGAACUUACCACAUGAUGUCUCAACGAUGGUUCACCCACGCAUCUCCUACUCUUUUCAAUGCUGGAACUCCUAGGCCUCAACUGAGUAGUUGCUUCCUUGUGUGCAUGAAUGAUGAUAGCAUAGAGGGGAUAUAUGAAACUUUGAAGGAGUGUGCUAUUAUUAGCAAAUCAGCUGGAGGAAUUGGUGUCUCUGUCCACAACAUUCGUGCUACCGGCAGUUAUAUUCGUGGGACAAAUGGGACGUCCAACGGCAUUGUUCCAAUGUUACGUGUGUUCAAUGAUACUGCCCGCUAUGUUGAUCAGGGGGGAGGCAAGAGGAAAGGAGCAUUUGCUGUGUACUUGGAGCCAUGGCACGCUGAUAUGUUCGAGUUCUUAGAUUUAAGAAAAAAUCAUGGAAAGGAGGAACAUCGUGCACGAGAUCUGUUUUAUGCUCUUUGGGUGCCAGAUCUCUUUAUGGAAAGAGUUCAGAGUAAUGGACAUUGGUCUUUGUUUUGUCCCAAUGAAGCACCACGUUUGGCAGAUUGUUGGGGUCAGGAAUUUGAGGAGCUUUAUCAUCGAUAUGAAAGAGAAGGGAAAGCAAAGAAGGUUGUCCAGGCACAGAACCUGUGGUUUGAAAUUCUGAAAUCACAGAUAGAAACCGGAACCCCUUACAUGCUUUUUAAGGAUACUUGCAAUAGGAAAAGCAACCAACAGAAUUUGGGCACAAUUAAAUCGUCAAACUUGUGUACUGAGGUAAUUGAGUAUUCAAGUCCAACUGAAACUGCUGUGUGCAAUCUUGCAUCCAUUGCACUACCACGAUUUGUAAGAGAGAAGGAUGUUCCGAUGGAAUCUCAUCCAUCUAAGCUAGUUGGAAGCACUGGCUCUCGGAAUCGGUAUUUUGACUUUGAUAAACUAGCAGAGAUUACUGCGCUGGUCACAACUAACCUGAACAAAGUGAUUGAUGUUAAUUACUACCCGAUUGAAAAUGCAAAGCGGUCAAACUUACGGCACAGACCCAUUGGUAUUGGAGUACAGGGUCUUGCUGAUGCUUUCAUACUGCUUGGUAUGCCGUUUGAUUCACCAGAGGCUCAGCACUUAAACAAGGAAAUAUUUGAGACUAUUUACUAUCAUGCACUGAAAACUUCAUCUGAUUUGGCUGCAAAAGAAGGUUCCUAUGAGACAUACAGUGGUAGUCCUGUAAGCAAGGGAAUUCUCCAGCCAGACAUGUGGGGUGUGACGCCCUCAAGACGUUGGGAUUGGGGUGCACUAAGGGAGUUGAUAUCAGAGAAUGGUGUGAGAAAUUCACUUCUCGUGGCUCCUAUGCCUACUGCAUCCACUAGUCAGAUUCUUGGAAAUAAUGAGUGCUUUGAACCAUAUACUUCAAAUAUCUAUAGUCGUAGAGUUUUAAGUGGUGAGUUUGUUGUUGUCAACAAGCAUCUUCUUCAUGACUUGACGGAAAUGGGACUGUGGUCUCCUACACUGAAGAAUAAUAUUAUCUAUGAAGAUGGCUCUGUACAGAAAAUUCCAGAAAUACCUUAUGAACUGAAGACCAUAUACAAAACUGUUUGGGAGAUUAAACAAAGGACAUUGGUAGAUAUGGCUGCUGAUCGAGGAUGCUACAUAGAUCAGAGCCAAAGCUUAAAUAUUCACAUUGAUCAACCCAACUUCGGAAAGCUGACUUCUUUGCAUUUCCAUGCAUGGUCCAAGGGUCUGAAGACUGGAAUGUACUAUCUUCGAUCACGAGCUGCAGCUGAUGCUAUCAAGUUCACCGUCGACACCACUGUUCUCAAAGAAAAGUCUAAUGAAAUGCAAGAAAACUGCGAUGUGGAGUGUGAUGAUAAUACAAAAAUGGCACAAAUGUUGUGCUCUUUAACCAACCGUGAAGAAUGCCUAGCUUGUGGGAGUUGAACUUUUUCAGAGGUUAACCCAUCUUUUUCCAUAUUCCUUUUGGGCCUAUAGGCGAUAAAGAUAAAUGUUACAACAUAAAUCACGUGUUAAUCUAUUGCUUUAUGAAUGACAAAAGCUUUGUAUAUAUUUUGGCAUCAAUGUCAUCUGUAUUUUUGCUUA